CAGAGACUUGAAGACGGUGUGUGACUCUCCCGUGAGUUAAGAGCACUAGCUGAGUCAGACAGACCCGAGUGACAAGCCCAGCUUCCCUCCCUCUCAGCUGUGAGAGCCAAGAUUUUCUUACCACUUGGGUUUCAGCAGGACCCCUGAUGUCAUCACUUUAGGGGCUCCCUCCACACUGUCCUGUGGCUGUGGAAUAUAUGUCAGUGCCCUUACGUUCACUGCAACUUGACAAUAUGAGGAAGGAAAAUGUCGACCCUCAAAACAGGGGCAUGUCCUUCUCGAGACCAGUGCCAGAAGCCAGAGCUGAGGUCCAAAGCCUGCAUUCUCAUGUCCCGUUGCCUACAGUCUCAACUUCAGCCUCAAACCCUGGAGGGACUUCAAUGCAGCUGACAACAUCUCUAGGCUUUGACACCAUGUCUGCACCUCCAAUGGAAACACCAAACUCUGGAACAGUGUCCCCACCGCUAAUGUCAGUUUCAGACUCUGAGGCACUGUCCCCAUUGCUAAUGCCAGCCUCAGACCCUGGAGCACUGUCCCCAUUACUAACGCCAGCCUCAGAUUCUGGGGCACUGUCCCCAUUGCUGACACCGGCCUCAGAUUCUGGGACACUGUCCCCAUUGCUGUCCACAUCAGAUUAUGGGUUAAUGUCUCCAGGGAUGAUGACAAUUCCUGACUUUGGAAUCAUGUCCACAGCACUAAUGGCACCAGAUUCUGCAGAGAUCUCACCAUUGGCAUUGCCAACUCUUUCCUCUGGAGCGAUGUCUAUACCUAUAAUGAACACCUCAUCUUCAGAGGCAAUGUCCACACCAUUAAUGCUGGCACCAGAUCCUGGAGAGAUAUCCCCACUUUUAGUGCCAGAUAUAAACUAUGGAGGGAUGUCCGCACAGUCAAUGCCAGCUCCAGACUCUGAAGCCAUGUCCCCAUUGCAAAUUACAGAUGAAGACACUGAAGCAAUGUCCAAAGUGCUAAUGACUGCUCUCGCCUCUGGAGAGCUUUCUUCACUGCUAAUGUCAGACGUAGAUUCUGAAGCGAUAUCCUCCCUGAUAAUGUCAGCCCUGGCUUCUGAAGAUACAUCAGCCCAGCCAACAAGCACCCAGGACUCUGGGGGAAUAUGCACCCCACUCAUGUCAGACCCAGACUCUGGAAUAAUGUCUUCAUUGCUCAUGUCAGCUCCAGGCUCUGGAGUAAUGUCCACACCACUACUGUCAGUCCCAAAUGCUGGAGAAAUGUCUACGUUACCAAAGGCAGCCCCAGACACUGAAGCAGUGUCCCCACUGCUAAUGACAGCCCUAGCUUCUGGAGUGAUGCCUACUCAAUUGAUAUCAACCCCAGGCUCUGGAGCAAUGUCCCCAUGGGUAACACAAAAUGUAGACUCUGAAAUCAUGUCUGCUCCACCAAUGACAGCAACAGCCUCGGGGAUGAUGUCUGCACCAUCGGUGAGAGCUUCAGAUUCUGGAGCAGUGUCUGCACCGCUAAUGAGAGCUCCAGCCUCUGGAAAUAUGUCUACAUUGCAAAAGAUAGACCCAGCUCCUGUAGCCAUGGCCAUCCCACUGAUGACAGUCACAAGUUCUGUACCAGCAUCCACAGAGCAAAUGCCAACUACAACCUCUAAAGUGAUGUCCACACAAUUAACAACAGCCAAAACUUCUGAAGUGAUGCCCACAGGCUUUAGAAAAGGUACAGCCAAUGGAGCAAAAUCUACACAGCGCACCAGGGCCUCAGCCUGUGGAAAGAUGUCCAUGCCACUAAGGAGAGCCAUGGCUUCUGGAACAAUGUCCACACAACCAGUUACAGCCACGGCCUCUGAAACGAUGUCCAUGCUUCAGUUGACAGCUCCAGCCUCUGGGUCAAUGUCCACGCUGCAAGCGGGAACCCCUGUCUCUGGAACAAUGUCCGUGUCACAAAUAAAAAGCACAGCGUCAGGAUUGACAUUGACACAGCAAACGAGAGCCACAGCUUCUGGAGCAAUGACAGCAAAAUUCUCCGGAUCAACAUCUACUCUGUUCAUGAGUGACACAGCCUCAGGAGGGAUGUCCAUGACACCAAUGAGAUCUCUGGCCUCUGGGACAUUGUCCAAGCCACUAAUGACAUCCAAAGCCCCUGGAAAAAUGUUUGUGGAGCAAAUGACAACUACAGCUUCUGGAGCCAUGUCCACACCGCUAAUGAGAGACACAACCUCUGGAGCUCUGUCCCUGCCAGAAAUGACAGACACAGCCUCUGGAGGCAUGUCUGCACUGCUACGGAGAGCCACAGACUCUGGAGCAAUAUCCACAUCACAAAUGACUGCCACAGCCCCUGGAGCUAUGUCCAUGCCACCAAUGAGAGCCUCGGGUCCUGGAGCAAUGCCCACAUCAUUCCUGAGAGCCACAAGUUCUGGAAAGAUGCCCAAUCAGUCAAUGAGCACCCAAGACCCUGGGGGGAUGUCCACAUUGGUCAUGAGAUCCAUGUCGUCUGGGGGGAUGCAAAUGAGACCCCCAGCCUCUGACAUGAUGUCCACACCAAUAGUGAGAGCCAGGGCCUCUGCAGCGAUGGCCACACCACUAAUGAGAGCCUCAGAUUCUGGAGAGAUAUCCCUACCACUAAUGUACCCUCCAGCUUCGGGAGAGAUAGCCACACCUCUGAGAGCCCCAGCUUAUGGAGCGAUACCUGCUCCACAAAUGACAGCCACAGCCUCUGGAAUGAUGUCCAUGCCACAGAUGAAGGCACCAAUCUCUGGAGCAAAGUCCACGCUGCUCAUGAGAUCCACAGCUUCUGGAACUCUGAACAUGCCUCAGAUGACAGCCUCAGCCUCUGGAGGGACGCCCAUGCUGCCGGUGAAAGGCUUAGCCCCUAGAAUGACAUCUACAUCACAGAUGAUGCCCACAGCUUCUGGAGACAUGUGCACACUACCCAUGCGAGCUCCAGCCUCUGGAACCACGUCUGGACUACUAAAGAGACCCUCAGCCUCUGAAGCUGUGUCCACAGAGUUUAUGAGAGCUCCAGCCUCUGGAAAGAUGUCCACUGCACAGACGACAGCCAUGGCCUCUGGAGGGAUGUCCAAGCCAUUAAUGAGAUCCUCAGCCUCUGGUGCAAUGCCUAUGCCUUUGAUGUCAGCCAUGACUUCUGGAGAGAUGUCUAUGCCACUAAUGAAAACCACAGCCUCUGGAGCAAUGUCCACCUUGCAAACCAGGGUCAUAAGCUCCAGAUCGAUGUCCCUGCCACAAACCACAUACACAACUUCUGGAGGGAUGACCCCACCAGUGAAAGCCUCUGCUUCUGGAGCAUUGUCCACACCGCUUAUGAAAUCCUCAGCUUCUGGAAUGAUAUCUACGCCACUACUGAAAGGCACAGCCUCUGGAGGGAUGCCCAUGCCACAAAUGACAGCCACGGCCUCUGGAGCUAUGUCCACGCCGCUUAUGAGGGCCCCAGCCACAGGGGGAAUAUCCAUCCCACAGACAGCCUCUGGGAUGAUGUCCACUCUGGAAGCCAAGGCCACAGACUCUGGAGAGGCAGGUGCUUCUCAUGUCAACACCACCGCCUCUGGAUCAAAUCCCACACCUCACGCGACUGCCACAACCCCUGAAACUAGGAAGCCACCACCAAAGGAAGUGCCAUCUUUUGGAAUGUUGACUCCAGCACUCUAUUACCUCUUAGAAGAGCAGGAAGCAGCCCGGGGCUCGUGCCCUGAGGAGGAAGAGAUGGAAAUUGACGAGGAGAAGCAAAUGAAGGGUUUUUUGGAUGAUUCAGAGAAAAUGGCAUUUCUGGUGUCCCUUCAUCUGGGGGCAGCAGAGAGGUGGUCCAUCUUGCAGAUGGAGGUAGGAAACCCCCUCUCAGAUGAUGAUAAAUCUUUCCUGAGCAGAUCCCAGGGCUUAUAUGACUCCCUGUCUGAGAUAGACAUCCUCAGCGCUAUUCUUUGUCAUCCUAAGCAGGGCCAGAAGUCAGUCAGGCAGUAUGCCACUGACUUCCUACUGCUGGCACGACAUUUGUCCUGGUCUGAUGCCAUUCUACGGACCAGGUUUCUGGAAGGACUCUCAGAAGCUGUUGCCACCAAAAUGGGUCGUAUCUUCCUGAAGGUGGCCAGCAGCCUAAAGGAACUGAUAGAUAGGUCUCUCUAUACUGAGUGCCAGCUGGCUGAAGAGAAGGAUUCCCUGGGCAAAUCAAGCCAGGGUCUGUCGACAGCCUGUAAGCGGAAUAAUGAGGCAGCCAUGGAAAGUGAACUGAGCUCCCAGCAGCAGACAGAGGAGCACCAGCAUGUUCCAAAACGCUGUUACUACCUGAAAGAGCACAGAGACCCCCAAGAGGGUCUUCAUGACCACCUUGGACAGAGCAUAGGCCAUCAGAAGCCCCCCACCAACAAGUAAUGCUCCUUGGCUCUUCUCCUGUGAUAUCUGACUCAGCUGCUAACUUGGGACUGGAUCCUGGACCCAUUCCAUUCAUCUACAUCAUAAACCUUGUUGCCUUCACCCUUCAGCCUCCCCCACCAGGGACAUCCCACCCUAUCUCUCAAUUGGCUGACUUGACCUUCUUUGUCACCCACAUGCCUGUGACCUGCCCUGACAAUCAGAGUGUGAACUACAAGAGCAUAUGGUGUAUGAGGUUCUGAACCCCCAUCACCAUCAAGGCCAGUUUUAGUUUUUGGUCCAGGGAGAAGUCUAGGCAGGAGAAAUCAUGUCCUACCUCAAAAACACCUUAGAGUGUCUUGCCAUGUGUCAGCAGGCAAACUUGAGGAAGCCCUGGUUCCUUUACACCUGGCAGGGGAGCCUAUAAGGAGAGUGAUGCCCACUCCUAUACCAUCCUUUGAAUCCACUAGACUUCCCCCUAUAUAUCCCAACUCAUAGCACCUACAAUGGGUCUCCAGGGCCCUUGACCUGCUUAUAGUCUCCAUCCUGAACCAUUCGUUUUGAGCCAUAAUAAUAGUGAUAGUAAUGGCUAAUGGUUAUUGCCAGUGUACCAUGUGAUUAAGUGGGCUUAAACUCUUGCCAAGCACCAUCUCACUACAUUCUUACAGUGACCCAACUUGCUCUUGUGUUGUCAGCUUCUGACCUCUUGAUCUGUGACUCUUGUCUGAUCCCUCAGUGUGGAAUCUCUAGCUCUGACCUCUGGGCAACCCCCUCAGUUGUUAAUUGCCCCCACUGCUCUUGGCUAUUGUGCUUCAUGGCCAGCACUCUUAAUGAGGGGCUUGGCCUCUGGACAGGCAUAGAUGGUUAGAACAUAACCGUGAUCAGUGUUUGCCUUCAGGUGGUGGGGUUAUGGGUGUUUUUUAUUUUCUUCUUUCUAUUUCUCUGUACUUUCCAGAUUGUCUACAGCAAGCAUGUAUUACAUUUGUAAUCGUAAAAGUAAAUAAAAUUCAUUUGUGAAAAAA